AUGUCCGAGUUCAUCGGAUCUCGCAUUUCUCUCAUCUCCAAGAGUGACAUCCGCUAUGUCGGAACCCUCGUCGAGAUCAACUCAGAAGCGUCCACAGUCUCAUUAGACAAUGUGCGCUCUUUCGGCACAGAGGGCCGCAAGGGCGGCAAAGACGAAUACCCGCCGUCAGACGUCGUGUACGAGCAAAUUGUCUUCCGAGGCAGCGAUGUGAAGGAUCUGCGCAUCGAAGAGCCGGUCAAGGAGAAGGCUCAGCCUGCCAUGCCGCAGGAUCCAGCCAUCAUCGGAGUACAACAGCCCCAGUCGCGGCAAGAGGGCAGUCCACAAGAUCUCGCCGGUCGUCAACAACCACCGCCAAACUUUCCUCAACCAGGUCAAUUCCCGCCUGGCGGAUACCCUCCGUUCGGUGGUCCUGGCGGCCCUGGUGCAUAUGGAAACAGAUUCGGUCCUCCAGGUGGUUUCCCUGGUGGUCCCGGUGGCCCAGGUCCUUUCCCUGGAGGUCCACCAGGCGCGUUUGGCAUGCCGCCGCCUCCAUUCGGAGCACCUCCUGGCUGGUUCCCUCCAGGUCACGGCUUCCAGCAGCCACCUGGUCCCUUCUCGCCUAACAUGCCCAUUGGCCCUCCCGGCCUCAACCAGAACCAACCUCCACAAGGCCCACGGGGUCCUCAGGGUCCUCAAGCAGGCAAGGAUGAGAAGCCGGGUCAGGUCCAGCAACCGAAGGUAGCAGAGGCAGACGGUGCAUCAUCCAAGCCACAACCCAAGAACGGCGCGAAGGCAUCACCGGCUGCAGCAGGCAAGCAGGCUCCCCCGCCACCGGUCGACUCAAAGCCAGAUGUAUCGGCUGCGCUGGCACCACCCCACCCCCAGAACGGCCAACCACCCGCGAAGGGUGCGCCUAGCGGACCCAAGGGUGGUCGGAUCAUUCCCGCUGUACCAAUUCCAAGCCCAAGGGCGACGAAGGCGGCGCCUCAAGCACAACAAGGUGCCGGCCCCUCUGCCGCUCCUGCGCAAAUGCCCACCGCUGCCCAGCAACAAAACGCUACUCAACUAGCAACCGCUGCUGUCGCUGAGGCCAUGGCCAAGCUCAACCUCCAGAACAAGGGUCAGGCACCAGGUCAACCGCAGGGUCAACCGCCUGUCUCGGACCCGAUGAACAACUUGGCACAGCAGGUGCAGGGCAUGCGUGAACAGCAAAGCCGCCAGCACCAGCCUCGUCAACGAGGAACAGGAGAGUUCCGUGGUCGGGGCGGAAGAGGAGGACGAGGUGGUGCUCAUCCCCAACACCCCAAGAUGGAAGUGCCCACAACCGACUUUGACUUUGAGUCGUCCAACGCAAAGUUCAACAAGCAGGACUUGGUCAAGGAAGCCAUCGCGUCUGGAUCGCCGAUGGGCGAUGCCCCAGCAGUCCCUGCUGGCGAGGCUUCCACGGAGAAGGAAGAAGUCGUCAUCCCUGGUGGAUCCAUGUACGACAAGAGUUCCUUCUUCGACAACAUCUCGAGCGAGCUGAAGGACAGAGAAGAGGCUGCUACCCGUGGUCAAGAGUUCAGGAGCCAGGAGCGCCAGAAGAACAUGGAGACCUUUGGCCAGGGCAGCGUUGACGGCUACCGGGGUGGUCGGGGCCGUGGCCGUGGACGUGGACGCGGUCGGGGCUUCGGCUACCGCGGCCGUGGCGCACCCAGAGGUCGCGGCGGCGCUGAGUUUGGUGCCCAGCCUGCCGCUUAG